GGAAGUCUUAUCUAUGUUGUAAACUGUAACUUUACCGUGGUUAUUAAAGCUGCAGAUUUGAAACAGGCAACUUAAACAGCAGCAGGAGGACGUAGGCCUACAGGACAAACGUGUGACACCAUGACGAUAAACCAAGUGUCCCACAGCUGGAUGGAAGUGACAGAGGUGGAAGAGUUCCUGAGAGAGCCUCCGGCCGCUUUCUGCGUGGAGGUUCUCUGCUCGGGGCACCGAGUGCACAGCGAGCCUGAGAACAGCUUGGUGCUCAUCGAUGACUUCGACUCCUGCAGAGGGAAAGUAGUUUUCCAGAAGUCGCUGGGAAGGGAAGUUAAAAUGCACAAUUUAUGGGAGUACACCAGCAUGAGAAAGAGUCUGCUGACCAAGAGGAUCUAUCUACUGAUGUCUGCUUGUGAAGACAACUUUUCUGUGACCGGCAAAAAGGCAGCAAAAAAAGCUCGAGUGCUGAAGCAGUUUGUGGUGUCCAUAGACGGCAACAAUCCUUUCAUCAAGUGGCAGAUGGAGAGAGGUCUGGACUGGACCAUCUCCUCUGUUGCUGGGGAAAGCUACAGGGUGGAUAUUGACUUGACUGAACUACUAGAGAGCUGGGCAGCAAAAAACAUCCACAUCAUAACGGACAAACCCAUAAAAGUCAAACCUGUGUGGAGAGACGCCUCCUUCACCCUCAAAUACUACUCUGAUGCUCUCUUUGACUUCCCACACUGGUUUGGGUUCAGCAAAAGAAAAUUUAACUUAAGACUGACAUGAGCCAGCAGUGGAUGGAGCGCAAGAAAAAAAGGAGUUUAUCCGCUCAGUUGAUGGAGAUGGAGUCUGGGUCUGCAUUUUCAAGAAAGUUUCUUGAUCAACAGACAAAUGGUUGUAACCUGCCGGGGGAACGGCCGGCCGGCCUACUUCUUGGAACUGCAGGAUCUAUGUUUAUAAUGGCUUUUUUGUCUACAUACUUCUUCUGUUCAGUGAUUAGAAACCACAGACAAGCACUGACAAGGACGCUCUAAAUUUCACGAAGAUUAUUUAGGCAUAUUUUGUCUAGAAUUCUUUAAGUUUUUUUUUAUUAUUGUGCUAGUAAACACUUGAUUAUUUUAUGAGGGGUUGAAUGGGUCAACCUACUGC